AUGAUGACAUGCAUCUUCGAGAUAAACGUCGGCAGAAGAAUCGUCCACAGCUUACGACGUAAGGAUGGCCAAGCGUUCCGCUUCUAUGGAAGUUCUUCGUCCGUUACUGACAAAAUCCUUGACUCUUCUGAGAUCCAUCCACUUGCUCCGUUUGAUGCUACCCAUCGCCUAACUUUGAGCAGCGCCUCAGGGUUUCGCUGGAAUUGCGCUCUUCGACUACCUCCUGGUCGAAUAGUUUUGGUGGUUGACUUUAGUUAUUUGUCAUCUGCAGUGCCUUUUCCUCCGUCUCACCUCGACAGCUUGCCUCGACCGCACCAGUAUGUGAUCGUCGCUAGUGUUAAUUUGUGGCAUUACUGUGUGGUUUUGGAUGAUGCGACGUUUCUCGAAGGGGGUGAUUCGAUUUUUAUGUUCUUCGUCGCGUUGUGCGCCAUUCAUGUCCAUCUGCUGUUCGUCUUUUCCUUGAACGAGGUGGUGCCAAGGGUGUUUCAUUUCUGCCAUUGA